GGUGCUGCUUUUGGACUCCCUUCCAGAGCUACGUGAUGAGAUCCUCAUGGAAGCGGAAAGCAACUCCAGCCUCAGCCAGGACUCCCUGGCCAGUCUCACGGCGGGCGACGUGCUCAUUCACUCCACUGGUGUCCACAGGGAGAAGCCCAUUGACGCUGUGACAGGAGCUGGUGGCCGUAUGAAAAAAGUGACGAUCGCUGUCAAGAAGCUGCGUGAAGUGGUUUCUCCCUGCCAGGCAGCUGAUGCGGCUUUGGCCGAAGACGGAACACCCUGCGUUCCUCCAGCCCUGUUAGCAAACAGGGCUCCGUGCCGGGGAGUAACCCACGGCACCCCCCGCAGCGCGGCACCAGGAGUCCCAAGUACUAAAGGACAUCCAGAACGUCUGCUUUCAGUAGAAAAUUCUGCAGAGCCCAGGUUUUUAUCACAAAUGGAUUAUGCUAGAGAAGCUGCAGUACAAGAAGAUCAUUCACUGCUACUGGAAGAUAGCAGAAGACCUAAAGAUGAUGUUUUUAUUUCUCAGUAUGCUACUGGCCAGAAAGAGGCUUUGAGAGCAGUAUUAAAGCAAAAAACUCAAAAUACUCCCAUACUUAAGGAGGUGAAGGUACAGCUCUUAGGAAAUGCCUCCACAGAAAAAAAGGAAAGUGUUGGUCAUGACACCAGAUCAGCACACAGGGAAGUUGAUUCUGCAACAACCAUCGCAGCAGCAACUGCUGCUGCAAUUGCUACUACAGCUCCGCUUCUUAAAGUUCAAAAUGAUUUGGAAGCAAAGGUUAACUCAGUUUCAGCAUUACUUCAUAAACUACAGGAGGCAGACAGACAACUGCAGCGUGUUGCUGAACAGCAAACAAAUAUGAAGACUCAACAGGAGAAGCCCCACUGUCACGAAAGAGUCAGUGAGCUUGAAAAACAAAUGAAUGCUUUCAUGGUGCAACGGAUUCAGCAUUUGGAAAAAUUACAGGAGCAACAAAUGAAUAUUCAGUCUCAUCUCAUCAGCUCUGCAGUCAACACGGGUGGCUUACAGCAAAUUCACAUACCUUCCUCCAGUCUCAUGACAAAACAAUCUGAGAAGCCAGAACAGCGAUUGCUUACUAACGAAGUAUCUUCAUGUCAGAGGGGUUUAUUUCCUACCAGUGGUGCACCUGCCCAAGCAUAUUCAAGCCAAUUUCAAAGUUGUGGCAUUCAUACACAAAAAUCUCCUCUAAAGACACCAGUGCCUCGGAGAUAUGCUCCAGAACCUGUAUCAAAAAAUGUGAAAAUCUCCAAGAAAGAAAACCCUGUAACAGAAAAGGAAAAUAUUCCCAAAUCCACAAGUGAAGGUGAAGGGAGACUUCUUGAGCAUAUUCUGAAUUCACAAGAAAUGCCACUGAGGCAAAUUGAGUCUUCCAAGAAAGCAGCAUUAAACAGUAAUAAAAUGAGCUGGCAUUCUGAGAGAGACAGGCAUACUGCUUUGCGUACAGACUCAUUCCCCGCUUUUGAAAGCUCCUUCCAAAAUUGCAGCUCAGUUGAGAAAACAGUGAAAAAAGCAGAUGAUUUACUUCAAGAUCUUGGCCAGUUGAGAAAGGAAAUGCGUGACAUGCUACAGGAAGCAAAUUCAUGGAAGUCAGAUAUGAAUGAUCUUAUUAAGUCAAAACACCCUACUGUUGCAUCUGAUCUUCCUGAACAUCAUCUGCUCAACAAACCAUCCAUCCUUCAAAAUGUUAAAGUGCCAAAAUCUAUACUGAGGGAUGCUGAAAAGAUUUUGAGAGGAGUUCAAAACAAUAAAAAAGUUCUUGAAGAAAAUUUGGAAGCUGUUAUUCGUGCAAAAGAUGGAGAUGCCAUGUAUACUUUUAUUAACGCCUUGACUACAAACAGAGAUGUAUUGGAAGAGAUUCGUAUCAGAAAGACUGUGGAUGAGUGGAUUAAGGCAAUCAGUGUAGAAAUCCAGGCUGAAAUGGCAAGAAAUGAUUCGGAACAAGUGAAAUAUGAUCAAAAGGUCCCAUGGAUCAAGAGAGCCCAAAACAUCAAGGCUAUGAAGACCAAUAAAGAAAUUAAAGCAAAAACUCAAAAAAUCCAAGGAUGCUUGACAAAGAAGCCUUUAUCUGCAGCUAAGCCGUUGCAGAAGCAAGCAGAAGAUAACACAAGCAAACAGAGGUUUAGAACUUACUUUUCUUCUGAAAGUUUGCAGAGGAAAGAAAAAAGGGCAGAUGGACCUGUGAAUGGAAGUGCAAUGGUACAAAAUGAAGACUAUCUGUGUCAAGUUUAUGGGAAACCAAUUUACCAGGGCCAUCGUAGCACACUUAAAAAAGCACCAUAUCUGAGAUUCAACUCUCCCUCUCCCAAAUCUAAACUUCAAAGACCCAAGGUGAUAGAGUGUGUUAGAGGUACAAAGGUAAAGUCAGCGAGAACACAGACUUGUUCUCACACACAGAAGGUGGUAACCAGCCCUAGGAAACAGCAUCCUUUAUAUGCACUUGCCCAAGAAAAUCAGUAUCUUUUUAGUCCAAGUCGAGAUGUGCCUGCUGUCUGCGGUCCACUUGAAGGUCACCUAAUUCCUAUGGCUAUUCCACUAGGUCAAACCCAAAUUAGCGACAUCUCACUGCAGCCUGCUGGAGUAGUGAUAGGUAAACCACACCCUGUUACAGUUACAACCUCUCUUCCUCAAGUGCCACCAAAACCACCAGUUGAGAUAAAAAAACCAAAUAUAGCUGUAAUAGAGAUGAGAUCAGAGAAGAAGGAUCCACCUCAGCUGUCUGUGCAGGUGUUACCAAAUGUAGAUAUUGACAGUGUUUCAAGUGACAGUGUGAGUGUAAGCCACGUUCUUCCAGGCUCCGAACCUGCACUUCCUCCUGUUGAUGCUGUAAUGCAGAUUCCAGAAGAUACACAUAGUGAGGAGGAAGACACAAAGUUUCCGGGAACUAAUUUCAUUGAUGUUACUAAUGUCAUGCAGGAUCAGGAGGAGGAGAGGGAUGAAAUUCCAGAAUUCUUUGAGCCUCUUCUGGAGCUUAAUGGACAGUUUAAAGUUGCCUCGCCAAAAUACAAUGGUCCUUUGUUUCCUCCAGUGGCUUCUGCUCCUCAGCAGUCUUCUGAUGUUUUGGAUGAACUGAUUCAAAGGAGAGAAACUAUAGAAAACAGGUUGAUAAAUUGGGUGGAACAAGAAAUAAUGGCAAAAAUUAUCAGUGGGAUGUACCCAGUUCAGAAAGAAACAGUGCCCAGUGUUAGCACCUCAGAGAGUGAAGACAGUGAGACUGUAACCUCUGACAUUGUUGAAGUUGCAGGUGGUAGAGGAUUUCAACUCUUUAUCGAUGCUGGCGUGCCUGUGGACUCAGAAAUGAUAAGUCAUUUCGUAAAUGAAGCUCUCGGUGAAACAAUUGCGACCAUGCUGGGUAACAAGCAGGCUCAGAAAGCAGUUCCUGCUACAAAUGUUCUUCCAAGUACAAUGAGUAUGAUGGAGUCUCUUGUACCUACUCCAUUGCCAACACCCCAGGCCACACCACCACAAACACCACCUUCAGAAAAAGAAUUGCCUCCGGUCAAAACUCCAGAGUCUUCUCUAUCUCUUACAGAAAUGAGUGGAGAUGUUCGUGAACAUGAAAAAAUUAAAGAAACAGGAGUUGAGAUUCCAGCUGCCAUUAGCCAUGUUGGCACACCUGUGGUUACCCCUGUCAAUACGCCUCCUAGAACAACCACACCAAGCCCUCCUGCCUCAGAAUGGGUCUCUGAAGCUGCAAAAAUGGAGAGUCCAAAGCCUCCAAACCCAUGGGAUGAUGCAGAACUUCCUCUGGAAGAAGAGAAACCCAGUCUUUUAACUGAAGAACCAUUCCAUCCCAAGGCUGUCGAGAUGUCAGUGGCUAACGAUGAGGAACCAGAGGCCUUGAUUUUACCAUCUCGGGAGUCGUCAGCGAAGCCCUUCGAAUCGCUUUCUUGCAAUCCACAGGUUCCAUCACCUGUGCCUACAGUUAGUUCUGGGCAGUCCACGCAGGAAAGCAGCCUUACCCUCACAGAAACGGAAACAGAAACUGCAGACAGACCCAUCUCGGAAGGGGAGGUACUCUUCAGCUAUGGACAGAUGCUGGCUGCAAGAGCCUUAGCAGAAGGAGGACUGUCUCUUCCAAACCCCGCUGAGAGCUUAACCAGUACUUUACAAGAUGCCAAUGAAAUGGAUUAUGAUCCUCCAAGUGAAGGGCAAGUGGUGAGAAGACCGGAUAAAGGCUAUCACAGGGAUCCUAUCCUGACUCUUUUAGCCAAAUUAAAUCAAGCACCUGUUGCUGCACAAGAAGGAAUAUACCAUUUGGAGGAUUCUGAUGAUAGCGUUGGGGAGCUCAGUGAAGGUCAAAGACCGAGGCUGACCAGAGCAGCAGAGAGAAUCCUAAUGGGACAUUCAGUUUAUAUGGACCAUCCAGCUGCUCGGACUUCUGAGAACAGACCACACCAGGGUUUCCGUUCUCCGUCACCAGGGCAGCUUGCCCAAAGUGGAGCAGAAAUUCUUGGAGAUGCAGAUACAAGUCGUGGUCCAAUGCUUAUGGCCGAACUGGAAUUGCAACCAGUUUCAAAUCCUAUUCUGCAAGCAGCCCAACCAAGCUGCAGAGUGACAUCUCUCUCAGAGGAUCUGUCCCAGGAGGAAAGCGGAGGAGCUGCACAGGUUGAGACUGUAAGACCCCGAGUUAUUCAUGUGAGAAGGAAGUCUGAAGAGAAGCAGCAAGAAGAUAUCCAUGGAGACAUGGAUCAGGCACACAUUUGCACAAAUACGUAUCUCACAUCUUUACUUACAGGAGAGGAUGCUGCCCCACAUUUAAAUUCACAUGUUUCUGCGGCAAAGGUGUCAGUGAAGCUGCCUUCCAUGAACCCAGAUAACCAAACACAGAGUACGAGUAGUAUACAAGGCGAUUCAGAUUCUUCAGGGACAGAUACGUUUUAAAGCUUAUGGUUUUUUAUGACAGUCGCUGUCUGAAGAUUUUGUCAUUGGUACAUUUGUCAGCUGAGUGUGAUAGUCUGGGUGUUUCAUCAAAAUACCAGUCUUUCAGUACUGUUUAUUUUCUACUAUUUUGCUUAUAAUUUUGUUACGAUUAUAAAUUUAGGCAAUGAUUCUGUUUGUGAAUAUAUCAAAUAUUUUUAAGCAAAUAAAAUGCAAUUCUUUCAGAAUCAUGAGUGUAAGUCAAUAAAGGCCAUUUAAAUAUUUAUUGUAUGUACAGAUGAACGUGGAGGUGAUUGGUAUUAAAAUCCGUGGCAAAAGUCUGUCUCGCUGAUGGAAAAAAAUGCUUGGCUGAAUAUAAUGUCAGUACUGUCAAAACGUUGAGCCAAAGGGAAAUAUAUUUGAAACAAAAGUUUGCAAGAAAAUUGUGUUUCUAGGUAUCUUCAGAGCUUGUUCAUCCUUAGAAGACUGCUAUCACAAACAGUAAUUCAAAAUUGUAUGUA